GGGAUCCUUGUCGCAUCUGCUCCUAUGCUACAGUUGAAUGGCGUCUAUAUAUGACAUAUCAUUUCACGCUGUCCGCCGGCUACAUGUCUCAUACUGAGCUCUUAUCUGUCUCUUUGGCUUGUGCUCUCAUAUGACGUGGAUGAUUUACGUUCUCCGGACGAGGACUAACAUACGUGUGGUAUAGGUCUCCUGCUUCGACGAUGGGUGAAUCCAAUGGAACAGAGCACGGGAACUCGUUUCCGCCCGGGACAAUUGCGAAACUGGUACGUUGACUGACGUCGGCCUUGCAGCAAUGGGAAACUGACCCGGGCAAGACGUGUGAUAUCCUCAAUGAUACCUUCUACAACAUCAUACAUGAUAUCGUUUCGAAGGUUCAUCGCGAUGAAAAGAUUGCCCGGAUGCGCUCGGCCGCUGUCGUUGCCCGACAGAAAGCUGAAGAGGAAGCAAAUCGGCGUCGCGAGGAAUCCGGAAACAAGCCCGCCACUGUUAAGGCCAGUGACCCGGAUUCGGAGGAAAUGAAAGGGGUCCGUGUGGAAACUGAAGCCGCCAUCUGUGAAGACGGAAAAGUCUUUCUCAAAGGGAAUCCGCUCGAAACCACCAAGGAAAUCAUUUGCCCCGAGUGUCGAUUGCCCCGUUUGAUGUACCCAGUGACGGGGGCCGGGGCCCGGGCGCCCCCUGAUCUCUCCCGGGAGUACUGCCAGAAGCAACCCAUGAUCAGCAAGCCUGGCCAUGAUGUCCACGGCAAUCCCUUCGCCACUGACAAGCCGAAUACCAAGAAAAAGAAACAAACCACUACCGCAAAUACACCAGCGUCGAGCCCUCCAACUACCCCCGACAGCUCGUUUAAACAAGCAGCACCAGAGAAAGUCUCAUUCCCGACGGUGAAAUGCCCAAACUGCCCUAGGUAUUUUGUCGUGACAAGAGUGGCACAACACUUGGAUCGGUGUUUGGGCUUGUCUGGGCGUCAAGUGAACCGGAACAAGACCCCUAUGGAAAACGGUAUCACGCCUAGCUCGGGACCCCCCAAACGUCCGCUUGAUGAUGACACACCGCCUACGCUACCCAAGAAGAAGAAACUGGGCGCCCCGAAGAAGAUGUCUGGGAAGAAACCGCCGCCAGCGCCCAGCAGCAAAUUAAAAAACGGGUUAACACCGGACAUGGCGGCUGCCGCUGAUGGCCACAUCAAAAGCGAAGCAAAUGGGGACAAUGCAUAGUCCUCGCUUUGUUCUAGGUGCAUGAUCAUUGUUGCUUUCUCGUGGACAUACGGGCCUGUCUGCAUGGGAGACACAAACUGAACAUAUGUCUUCCCUUCUUUUUUUCUUAACGAUACUGACGUAAAUAUUCGGCAUCAAAAGGCGUCAACGGGGUUUGGCUUAACACCAUCAGGUCAAGAAGUUUGGGAUAUGUUCGGCGUUGUUUCAUUAUUUUGAGUUUUGGCUUCUGUUUGGUUGUCAAGAUGGUCUUGUUUUGCUUUCAUGGAUAGAUAUGCACUUUUGUACAAUAGUAUUGCGCUCACAGCCGUCUUAAACGUUUAUUCGCAUGGAUAUCUUACACACAUC